AGCGCAUCACUCAGUUGGUCAUUUGCUGUAAAGACCGCCUGCCUUCUUCCAGUUGUAUCAAGCAACCGCUGAGGAAUAAAAAGGAUGAAUCCUAACGAAGAUCAAGCUGAAGCUUUGGAGGAGGUUACUGAGCUCGUUUGUCAGGAGGCCGACCUCAGAGAUGGCCAGUAUGUCACAUGACACCGCUUCUGUCUGGAUACGAUAAAGUGUGUCAGAAAGGUUCCAGGAAAGAUAUAUUUCAAAUUCAAAAUGCAAACCUCGACUUUUCCCCUUCAAUGUGGGCCAGAUGAUUUAGCUGCACGUCUACAAAGAGAUCCUGCUACAUUUGUGAGAGUUGUGGCAUGACAACUUGUGGACCUAGCUCCGUAUGAUUUUGUUCGUCUUUCCCAAGCUCAAGGGGGUCUUUAAGGGGAACUGUUUCGAAGAUGUGAAUGACAUCAAGAUGGCCGUGGUGAUGGAGCUGCAGAGGAUCAAGGAAGAAUCCUUCCAGGAGUGCAAGAAGGCAUGGCAGACAAGGCUGGAAAAAGUGUGUUAGACUCCAGGGAUGAAAGUCGUCUCUGUGGCUGACCAGAAAGUGCUGCUUGUCCGCACGGAGGGUCAGUACAGUGCAGUCGGAAGUCAGUGCUCUCAUUAUAACGCUCCUCUGGUUAAAGGAGCACUGGUUGGCAAUAGAGUGCGAUGUCCUUUCCAUGGCGCUUGUUUCAAUAUUAAAACUGGAGAUAUUGAGGAGUAUCCAGGCCUGGACUCUCUGCCUUGCCACAGGGUGAACGUUCGAGAUGGAAAGGUGUAUGUUUCCAUUAAGAUAAAGACUCUUAAGCAGACCAGACGGGUAAAGGAAAUGUGUAGUGUUUUACCAAACAUCACACAUACCAUCCUGCUCGUAGGAGGAGGCCCUGCUGCCUUGGUGUGUGCUGAGACACUGCGUCAGAACUGCUACCAGGGCCGAAUCGUCAUGGUAACCAAAGACACUCUGCCUCCUUUCGACAAGCCCAAACUGAGUAAGGCUAUGAAUGUGGACAGAAGCAGCAUCGUCCUCCGCUCUAGUGGGUUUUUUCAACAAUAUGGCAUAGAAGUACGGACGGAGAAAGAGGCGGUGACUGUAAACACGCGAGAUAAAGCGGUGACGAUGAAGGAUGGCGGGGUUCUACGUUACGACCAGCUUCUUAUCUCAACAGGCUGCAGAGCGAAGCCACUAAGUUGUCCCGGUAGUGACCUGACAGGAGUGAAGUUACUGCAGAGGUACGAAGAUGCCAAAGACAUUGACGCGUCCUGCCUGGGCCGCAAGGCCGUUGUCGUUGGAACCUCCUUCAUAGGUAUGGAGGUGGCAUCCUAUCUAGUCAAAAAAGCUUCCAGUGUUUCCAUUGUUGGAACCACCAAAUACCCAUAUGAACGCUCUCUGGGGUCCGAGAUUGGCAACAUGACCAUGCAAAUGUUGGAGGAACAUAAUGUGAAGUUCUACAUGAAUGACGGCAUCGCUGAGAUCAGAGGAGAGAACGGCUCGGUGAAGGAGGUCUUGCUGAAGAGUGGCACACUUCUGGAGGCUGAAGUGGUGAUUGCAGGAAUAGGUGUGAUCCCCAAUUCUGACUUCCUAGCAGGAAGUGAAGUUGAAAUAGAUUCCAAGAAAGCAGUAGUUGUUGACAAGUUCAUGAGGACUAACGUAGCAGAUGUGUUUAGUGCGGGGGACGUCACCUCCUUCCCUUUGACCAGUCGAGGUGAUCAACGGGUCAAUGUGGGUCACUGGCAAAUGUCACAAGCUCAAGGAAGAGUUGCUGCCCUCAAUAUGCUAAAUAUACCUACCAAAAUUGAGUCUGUUCCUUUCUUCUGGACUGUGUUGCUUGGAAAGAGUAUCAGAUACACAGGGUAUGGGGAGGGCUACACAGAACUCGUAUUCAAAGGAAAAGUGGAGGAAAGAAAGUUCCUGGCAUUUUAUAUUAAAGACGACACAGUGGUGGCGGCGGCCAGCCUCAUGUUUGAUCCCGCUGUGGCUCAGCUGGCGGAACUGAUGGCAGCAGGCCAGCGCAUUACAAAAGCGCAGACUCAAGCUGAAGACCUGAGUUGGCUCCAGAUGUAAGGUGUCUGACUUGCAACUCAUUGAUGAAGGACACAAGCCGCCUUCUGUCUUGCUCCCAUCCCCUCACCGCCUCAGGCAUUCUGAAAGCUCGUCAAUGUCUGCCCUGCUCUUACUUGACUCUCCUAAUUGUUACCAUGAAACCAGCAACGUCAGAAUGAAUCGACACGUUGUGCAUGCUCCCCAUCAAUCUUGUUCAUCAUUCAGGCGAAUGAUAUACACUGCCACUUCAUUCAUAUCAUAUAAGAUACUAAACGCUUUCAGAAGAUGCAUCAGUUCCAGGCAUAACCUUGUUUACAUUUGUUGUGGCUCAGAGUAAAUUGUCAAUUGUUUUACUGAUUUACUUGAAAAUAAAAUGUAAUUAAUACUCUGGUAGAAAACCAGUGCCAUCCAUCCAUCCAUCAAUUUUCUGAGCUGCUUCUCCUCACUAGGGUCGUGGACGUGCUGGAGCCUAUCCCAGCUAUCAUCGGGCAGGAGGCGGGGUACACCCUGAACUGGUUGCCAGCCAAUGUGUGCAGGGCACAUGCAAACAAACAACCAUUCGCACUCACAUUAACACCUACGGGCAAUUUAGAGUCUCCAAUUCAUGCAUGUUUUUGGGAUGUGGGAGGAAACCGGAGUGCCCGGAGAAAACCCACGCAGGCACGGGGAGAACAUGCAAACUCCACACAGGCGGGGCCGGGGGUUGAACCCCGGUCCUCAGAACUGUGAGGCUGACGCUCUAACCAGUCGCCCACCGUGCCGCCAACAAAGAAUAUAACAUAAUUGAAUUCAUGUUUUUUUAAUGCCCUUUAUCAACUCAUAGACAGGGACUGUUAAUAGUGCCGCCAAAACCAGUCCCAUACUGCAGUAAUAUAAAAUGUGUGCUCUGAGAUGAAUGAUGUAUGAUGAUUGUUUACGCGAGAUAAGCUUUAGUUCCUCUUUUGUGUCAGUUUUUGUAUACUUCACUGUCCACGUUUGUUUUAUCAUCUUUCUAUGUUCUCGUAUUGUAUGCAUCUUUAUAUCUAAAUUCUUUUAAACUGCCUAUCAUGUCUAUUUUUUUUUAUACCAUCAGGUCUUUAAUAGUAAUUCAUUUAUUUGCAAUGUCAUUGUAUGGUUUAAUUUACAAAUUGUAACGCUUCCCAAAUUAAAAUAACAAACCAA